GGAAGCCGAGCGGGGCUCUGAGCGAAGUCAGGGGGCAGUGGGAGCCUCGCUGUCCGCUGCGAUGAUUCCCCCGCAGGAGGCUUCCGCCCGGCGGCGGGAAAUCGAGGACAAACUGAAGAAGGAGGAGGAGACGCUGUCCUUCAUCCGAGACAGCCUGGAGAAGAGCGACCAGCUCACUAAGAACAUGGUGUCUAUCCUGUCAUCCUUUGAGAGCCGUCUCAUGAAGCUGGAGAACUCCAUCAUCCCUGUGCACAAGCAAACGGAGAAUCUGCAGAGGCUGCAGGAGAAUGUCGAAAAGACGUUAUCCUGUCUGGACCAUGUCAUCAGCUAUUACCAUGUAGCCAGUGACACUGAGAAGGUCAUCAGAGAAGGCCCCACAGGUAGGCUGGAAGAAUACCUGGGAAGCAUGGCCAAAAUCCAGAAGGCUGUGGAAUAUUUUCAGGACAAUAGCCCAGACAGUCCAGAGCUCAACAAAGUGAAGCUGCUGUUUGAGAGAGGGAAGGAGUCGCUGGAGUCUGAGUUCCGCAGUCUGAUGACCCGGCACAGCAAGGUCGUCUCCCCUGUGCUCAUCCUGGACCUGAUCAGUGGGGAUGAUGAACUGGAGGUCCAGGAAGAAGGGACCCUGGAGCACCUGCCUGAAAGUGUACUCCAGGAUGUGGUCCGCAUCUCCCGCUGGCUGGUGGAGUACGGCCGGAACCAAGACUUCAUGAAUGUGUACUACCAGAUUCGCUCCAGCCAGCUGGACCGCUCCAUCAAAGGCCUAAAGGAGCAUUUUCGCAAAAGCAGUUCUUCCUCUGGGGUUCCCUACUCCCCUGCCAUCCCCAACAAGAGGAAAGACACACCUACCAAGAAGCCCAUCAAGCGGCCAGGGACGAUCCGUAAGGCUCAGAACCUUCUGAAACAGUAUUCCCAGCAUGGUCUAGAUGGGAAAAAGGGGGGCUCUAACCUCAUUCCUCUGGAAGGUCACGAGCAUGAUUUCCGAGUUAAGCACCUGUCCGAGGCCCUGAACGACAAGCACGGGCCACUGGCCGGGAGAGAUGACAUGCUGGAUGUGGAGACAGACGCCUACAUUCACUGUGUCAGUGCCUUCGUCAAGCUGGCCCAGAGUGAAUACCAGCUACUGAUGGACAUCAUCCCCGAGCACCAUCAGAAGAGAACCUUCGACUCCUUGAUUCAGGAUGCACUGGAUGGGCUGAUGCUUGAAGGGGAGAACAUCGUGUCGGCUGCCAGGAAAGCCAUCAUCCGCCAUGACUUCUCCACAGUGCUCACAGUCUUCCCCAUCCUGCGGCACCUCAAGCAGACCAAGCCUGAGUUUGACCAGGUGCUCCAGGGCACAGCAGCCAGCACCAAGAACAAGCUGCCUGGCCUCAUCACCUCCAUGGAGACCAUUGGAGCCAAAGCACUAGAAGACUUUGCUGACAACAUUAAGAAUGAUCCAGACAAAGAAUACAACAUGCCCAAGGACGGCACCGUGCAUGAGCUCACAAGCAACGCCAUCCUUUUCCUGCAGCAGCUUCUGGACUUCCAGGAAACAGCGGGUGCCAUGCUGGCCUCCCAAGUUCUUGGGGACACAUACAAUAUUCCUUUAGACCCCCGAGAAACCAGCUCUUCGGCUACCAGCUACAGCUCCGAGUUCAGCAAGCGCCUGCUGAGCACCUAUAUCUGCAAAGUCUUGGGUAACCUGCAGCUGAACUUGCUGAGCAAGUCCAAGGUGUAUGAGGAUCCAGCAUUAAGCGCUAUCUUCCUACAUAACAAUUACAACUACAUCCUCAAGUCCCUGGAGAAGUCUGAGCUGAUCCAGCUGGUGGCUGUGACCCAGAAGACUGCUGAGCGUUCCUAUCGGGAGCACAUCGAGCAGCAGAUCCAGACCUAUCAGCGGAGCUGGUUAAAGGUGACCGAUUAUAUCGCAGAGAAGAAUCUACCAGUCUUCCAGCCUGGAGUCAAGCUCCGGGACAAGGAGCGGCAGAUGAUUAAGGAACGUUUCAAGGGAUUCAAUGAUGGCCUUGAAGAGCUGUGCAAGAUUCAGAAGGCCUGGGCCAUUCCAGACACAGAGCAGAGGGACAAGAUUCGACAGGCUCAGAAAAACAUUGUCAAGGAGACCUAUGGGGCCUUUCUGCACAGGUAUGGCAGCGUGCCCUUCACCAAGAACCCUGAGAAGUACAUCAAGUACCGUGUGGAACAGGUGGGCGACAUGAUCGAUCGCCUUUUCGACACCUCUGCCUAAGCCUGCCAGCGUUCUGCCUGGCUCCACCACACUCACAUGUUGUUGGACUGGUAAACUAGUGUUAACAUACCUCCAGGCCAGGUGAGUCUGAAGUCCUUUGCGACAGAGACCUUUGCGCCCCACCCAGGAGCCCUGGCCUGGUGUUGGCAUCUCCCCUGCGGCCCACAUCUCCUGUCAGACCAGCACUCACCCAGAAUGUGGCUCCUUUCACACCUUGGGUUUCACAAUGAUGCACACCCAGCAGGGGCCACAUGAUGGCUUCUGAGGCAGAAGACAUGGAAGACAGAGACUGGUGCCCCCAGCUGCCAUGAGGAUACCAAGAAUGGGACGGCAGACUCCACCCUGGCCUGCUUCCAUCCUCUUCAGCCCACAGAUGUGAGCAGGCUCAAAGUGCAGGCCAAACGGCAGCCAGCAGACCUAGAGGAAAGGUUGUCAGUGUCGACCUCCUCUCUUGGAUUUAGUUCAUUGUCCACGGUUCUGGGCUCUGGGAUGUCCCACCUCCUGGGACUCCCUGGUGACAAGAGGCAGGAGAGCUGUCCUGGUCCCUUUGUAUCUGGCACACUGCAAGGUGUUCUGGACCACCCUGUGGGGACAGCCGCUCAGUCAUCUGUUCCCUGGUCCCCAGCUUCAGUACUCACUGGCCCAGGCAGUGAGUUGCAUGGGGCUUUAAGCUGAAUGCAUGCGGGACAGAGAACUAGUGGACAGAGGCGAGCAAUUCAGGAGCAAAGUGGGAGAUCAUGAGGGUAAAGUUAGGCUGUACUACUCAGGAUGGCAGUGAACAGCCAUGUUCAAGAAGGCAGGCCCUUACGGUGCAUUUGGGUGAUGGCUUGUUUUGCUUUUAUACAGAGAGGGGAGCUCAGGAUGCAUGAGCCUCCUGUUAGAGAAUGGAGCUGACGCUUCUCUGGAGACACUGCUCUAGCUCUCACCUGGCUGUAGGAACUAUGCUGCACCCUUAAUCUGUAUUCCUAGGCCCCACCCCAUUACAGACCAGCCUGCCCACCAGGAGGCUACCUUGCAAGGGGUUGGGUCAGACUUGCACAUGUCCCACAUCCAGACUGGCCACAUACACGAGCUGACUGCAUAUUGCAUUGGCCACAUACAUGAGGAAGAAGGUGUGCUCAACAACUGUAGCCCGGCCCUUCCUUGAACUCUUUCCUCCUUCAGGAUCUGCUGGCAGGGAAAGGAACUGUUCUUGGCUGCUCCAGAACAUUCCUCCAGAGCAGAAGGGUGAAAGACAGGGGUUCUUAGUCCAGAGUGUUCCUUCUUAGAUCCUCUACUAAUUAAAAUUUGGGCCUGGCUCUUCCUAAGCAUCCUCCAGUGGAAGAAGCACCCUUUUAGAGAAAUUUGCCAGGCAUGAACUUCUUUCUCUCAAGGGCAUGGCUCUGCCCUUCUUCAAACCUGAUUCUACCUGGGGAGGAUAAAGUGAGCCCCAGAGCCAGGCGCCAGCAGAGUAGAUGCUGAGAUCCCGCAGCACACCUAGACAGGAGUCUGGCCAGCUGUCGGUGUGCAGCUGAUCCUUCUGCUAAGUCUACUCCAGCGCCUCGUUCCUCAUGACCCCACACUCUCAGAUGGGCCUAGCCCUUGCCUACCUCCCACACUAGUCCUGGGUUCUUCUGAAGGUCACUCUUUUCCACUCUGGGCACGGGGUUGGGGCUGCUCUUGUCUCCAGGGUGUAUCUCGAUGCAGCCUUGGUGCGGAGGAAGAGCAACAGCAGGUGAAGAAGUAAACUGCCAAUGAAGGGACAGAGGCUGGCCCUGAACUGUCGAGUCUUAGUGACUAGGUGGGGCUGCGGGUGUGUGUGUGUGUGUGUGUCUUACUGAGCAGUGGAUUGCAGGAAGGGGAACUGGGCAGAGCCUGCCCUUGGAGGAGUGGAAGGCCAGGUAGCUAGCUGAGCAGCAGUGUUACUUCGUAGGCCAUGCACUCAGUGGUUCCAGCGCAGCAGACCCUCACACAUACCAGCUGACAGCAGUGUCUCCCUGGAAACCAGCCUGGCCAGGGUCGACUUGAGCCCUGGGUUCUUCAGGUUCAGCUUGGAAGGAAAAAGUGGCAUUUCCUGAGAUAUGGAGGGAGCAGGCAGAAAGGAGACUGCCAUGCCUCUGGGAAUAUACCAUCCCUCUCCCCUCCACCAGGCUCUACCAGCCUCUUCCCAGGUAGAAGUGUCACCUGGAGCAGGGCAUGGGAUGCUGGCAUGGGACCUGAGCUUUCAAGUCAUGAACUGCGUAUUCUCUCUUGACACAAUCUCGUCCAGCACAUGGGUGUGGAACACCAGCUCCACCACUGAAAGGGAUAGGAUGCGAAGUGUGAACUAGGGAGAGAGACUGAAGCCCACGGAAGCUGCAGGCUUCUGAUGGCCUCUGGGGGCAAUGGGAGAGGGAGCCAACCCACAGCUUUUCACAGCCUCUGAAAGCCCAUCAGAUGGCCUCCAGGUAACGAAGAGCCUUAGAUUCAGAGAUGAAUUUUCCUCCUGGAAAUAAAUGCACUUGGCAGCACCUCA